UUGAGGGGGAAUCCAAACCUCCUGACCUAAUGGAGUUCGGCUUUAAGUUACGAUGUUAUGAAAUCAAAAGUCGUCAUAUUUUUUCUCAGUAGUUAGUUAUACAGAGUAAUUAAUAUUAUAUCAGUGUAUAUUGUUAUGAUACUAAACUAUUAAUAAAUAAAUAUACUUAAAUAAUUAUAAAAUAAAUUUAAUUAACAGAAUUAAGUUUCAAGUAUUUGGUGUUGUUUAACAAAAUGGAAAUUUCAGGUUAUUCCCAUUCCCGGAAGCAUCAAGUAAUUUAUAAAUGGAAAAUUGAUGAAAUAAUUCCGUUUAUUGAGUCUGCUGAAAACUGUGAUGAAGAGACAGUGAAGCUCGUCUCAUCUAACUUCAAAACCACAUAUGACAAAAAUGAAACUUCAUGGUGUUUACAGCUGCAACUAAUGAGAGAAAAGGGUUGGAUAUCACUAUUCCUGCAUCGCAAUAAUGGGGCAGAUAAAGGAAGAAUUAAGUUUGCACUAUUUAUGCUAGACAGCAAAAAUGGAAGAAAGUUUAUUGAAACUGCCUAUGCAAAUCGUAAUUUUAAAAAUGGAUGGGGAUUUUCGAAACUUCUUGAAAUAAAAAAGUUAUUAGAAAAUAAAAAUGAUUUUUUACCAAAUAAUACCUUAACUGUAGGUAUUGAACUAACUAUUUACGAAGAUUAUCAAACAUUUCCUACUAAAUUCCUGUUGGACACACCACAGCAUAAAAUAACUGAUGACCUUAAAGAACUCUAUGACAGUAAAAUAAACAGUGACGUUACUUUAGUUGUGGGUAACGAAAAAUUUAAAGCUCACAAGAUUAUUUUGUCAGCUCGCAGUCCUGUAUUUUUCGCAAUGUUCACCCAUGAGAUGAAGGAAAAAAAAGACAGUGAAGUUGAUAUACCUGAUAUAGAUCCGGAAAUUUUCAAUAAAAUGCUACAGUUUAUUUAUACCGACGAAAUAAAUAAUUUGGAUAUAGAUGCUGUGUAUUUAUUAGAAGCCGCAGAUAAAUACCAGCUGCUGAACCUAAAAAGUUUAUGCGAAGAAUCGUUACCUAAGUCAGUCAGGAUUGAUAAUGCAAUUAAACUGAUGAUUUUAGCAGAUCUGCAUAAUGCUAAUCAAUUAUUCGAAUAUGUGCUUGAAUUAAUAUUACAAAAUAUCGAGGAUGUCAUUGAUACUCCAGAGUAUAAAAUAUUAGAGGAAUCUAAUCCUUUGUUUUUAACGAAAUUAAUUUAAAAAUUAACGACUUUAAUAAAGAUCAACGCUUCAAAAGAUGAAAAAUAAUUAGGAUAUUAUACUCUAAGUACUCAAUUAAUUAGAGAGCGGCAUAAGUGGAAUAUUUACCUAAAAUAUUUUGGUUUAAUGAUUUAGACGACGAAUACUUAAUUUAAAAAUCUAAUAAUUAUUAUUCUUAGAAAGUAAGAUUUAAAUAGAUCAGAUAUUUACUGUUUGUAAAUUAAUAUUUUUAGAUUAUCAACUCAAAUAUUCUUUACCAUAUAAAUAUUUUUCAAUGCCAAGUACAAAUUAGUUUAUAUAAAUUAACAUUAUCUUGUUUUUAUUUUUUAAAAUUAUUGUUGAAUGUAAACGUAUGA